UAUCAGUCGUGCGUGCUGUAGAGAGGAGGAUCUCGAGCAAUAAAGCUUUGGAGGGAAGUAAGUAAACAGCAGUCACGGUGCGCUCCUCCUCCUCUACAUGUGCUUCCCCCCACGGCUCUCCUCCCCCUCAUCAGAGCGGUGCUCAUUUGCAUAAAAUGUGUGUCAGUAGGGCACAGCUCACAUGCAGCUCGCGCAUGCAGCAGGCAUUCCGAUAGCAAACGAGUCCACGCGCAGUCAUCUGCCACUGAGAGCAGAGAGGAGGAGGAGGCAGGAGGAAGGGACAGCAGCUCUACUACAGCAGCGUGACUGGGAAGGAAAGAAAGAGGGCGUGUGAACACAGUUCUUGCCAAACAAUAACACAAACUAUUUAAAGGGCAAAGAAAGGAGGGGGGACUAGUGGGGGAAAAGCUCAGUCACAUUUUUAAGACACCUGGAAACGUGUUCGGCGUUUAUUUGUGUGAUGCUUGUGCACGUCUCAAACUAGUUACGCAGCUCUGCCUUGGAGAACGACCUUUUGAAGGAAAGCGCUACUGUAAUGUACACGAUACAAUCUUUAAGGACAUCUUUCAAAGAGUGAGGACGGCACAUUGCCCUGCUUACCUGAAGGACAUCUGACAUUAGAGUGUCGGCUUCUUUCUCGAGACAUUUCCUAACAGACUUCUUAAAGUUCUCACCUGUGUGGACGGAAUUUGAAACUCGCUGAAAAUUAUGGACCCGACUCAGAUACAUGCAUUUCCUUCAUCAGCAUCAGGAACAGACACCAUGGACGGCAGUCCAGGUGGAGGAGUGAUUCUCUAUGCAGGCUCAACAGGAAGCGCCAGCCCCAGCCCCAGCCCCAGCCCCAGCCCAGGAAGCCCAUCCAGUGGAUACCAGACCCAGUCUCCCAACUCCCAACUCUCUCAACCCUCUUCCCCGGAGGAGGUCUCUUUCACUGAGCUCGGCACCCUUAGAAAACAUUCAGCUGGAAGCAAUGUCAGUUCUACAGGGGGCAACAAACUGGUUUUCCAAUUUCCAGAAGUAAGCAGUGCUACCAUUGUCAACCCCGCUACCCCGACUGUAACAUCAUCAGGGCAAAACACCUAUUCUCACCCAAUGGUCGGCAGGCGACCAAGUGGGUUCACGGGUACCUUUACCAAAGCAGGAGGUAUGGUGUUGCUUUGCAAAGUAUGUGGGGAUAUUGCAUCAGGAUUUCACUAUGGUGUCCAUGCAUGUGAGGGAUGCAAGGGUUUCUUCCGCCGCAGUAUCCAGCAGAACAUCCAUUUAAUAAAGUUCUUUGUAGAUCACACUUUGCCCAUACAGGACAGUGUUGCCUCUGGGGAGCUUUCUGUGCGAUUUGGACGCAUCCCAAAGCGCGAGAAACAACGCCUACUGGACGAAAUGCAGAGUUACAUGAACAGCCUUAAUGAAUCAGCUUCCAUGGACAUCAACUGUACUACACCCACUGAGACUCCUUCCAGCCCUGAAGAUGGCCAGUCAGAAGAGGCCAUCAGUGCUGCCUCACAAGCUUAUCGCAAUAUCUUUGUGAAUGGGGAGAAGUUGUUAGUAAAGAUUAAUAACGAAAACAACAACAGUAACAACAAUCCUUCUUCCUUCCGUCAUAAUCCAAUACAAGAGUCCGGCUACAGCCAGUCUCACUCUCAGCCAAGCAUCUCACCCCAAGAAUAUUCCAUCCAUUCCACAACAAGCUGUCUACACCGAUCCAGAUGCCCGGUCACCAAUCACGACAACAAACCAAAAACACAAGUUAUGGACAACAGUCAGUAUAACUUCCCACAGUCCUCACGUCCCAACCAGGGAACUACACCUACUCAAAGCUAUCCAUUGAAGCAUAACAAUUAUUCCACUCAAACAUCUUGUCCUUGGAGACUGAGCCCUGGUGCUAAAGUUCUGGCAUGUCCUCUCAAUGCAUGUCCCGUCUCCCCAGCCAGUCACUCCAGUCAACAGGUUUGGGAGAGUUUUUCCCAGUGCUUCACUCCAGCUGUUAAAGAAGUGGUUGAAUUUGCCAAGAGCAUUCCAGGGUUUCAGGCCCUGAGUCAACAUGAUCAGGUCAUGCUGCUGAAGGCAGGAACCUUUCAGGUUCUAAUGGUGAGAUUCUGCUCGCUGUUUGAUGCCAAGGAACGUACUUUAACAUUCCUAAAUGGUCAGACCUACCCAUUGGCAUCCCUGCGAGUGCUAGGCAUGGGUGGCCUUCUGGACGCCAUGUUUGAGUUCAGUGAGAAGCUGGGGAACAUGGGUCUGGAGGCCGAUGAGAUGGCCCUCUUCAUGGCUGUGGUGCUGGUUUCUGCAGAUCUUUCAGGUAUCUCAGAUGUGGGGGCCGUAGAGCAGCUCCAGGAGGAUUUGAUCAGCGCUCUUCGCACUCUCAUCACUCGGCGAAGGCCAGAGGACAGCUCACUCUUCCCCAAACUCCUGCUGCGGCUGCCUGACCUCCGUACCCUCAACAACCAGCACUCCGAGAAACUCCUAGCCUUCCAUAUUGACCCCUGAGAACAGAAAGAGACAAUCACCAGACCUACCCAAGUCUACACAUUGAUGAUAAGUGGUCAAAAAUAGAUUCAGGGUGCUCUUCCUGUACAAAAAAAAGCCAUGCAUAAUUCAGGAUAAACAUCUGAUUUUUGACUAACACUUACACAAACACCUGAGACUUGCUCCACCACAAGAUACAACUGAACUUGAGCUUUUCCAACGUAACAAAAGAACAGACGUAUGGAGCAUAUUCUGGACAUUUUGACUUUUCAGGGGAGUUUUCAAGAUAUUGAAAAUCAGAGGAAGAUGGAAUAUGUUUUUCUUUCUACAAUGAACUAUUGAAGAGAUCAUGAGGUGAUGGCUGUUUUAUAACUAGAAUUAAUCUGGGCUCACAGUUUAAGAGAUCAGUGUCGGUAUAAAGGUAUGGGACAUGAUAAGUAUUUUUCUCACUCCAGAUGCUAUGCAUUUAUCAUUGUAUUGUUCAACACAUUGUCCAGCCUUUCAGAUAAACUUCUCAUAUUGCAUCAACAGCUAUUUCAAUUCAAUAACUUCAUUUAACACAUUCUUAUAUCUCUUUGUGGACCUUUAUAAAUAUUGUUUAUUGCUCAUGUCAGGCACUCAAAACCUUGGUUGUAAAAACAUGUAUUAUAAUUGAAAUAGAUGAUAGUUUCUUAUAACUCUAUAAGACUGUAGUAUGUAUUCUCGUGUGGUAAUGUCAUGACAAUACCAGGGACGAUGGGUUGUUAAAUGAAGAAAGGACUGCUCAACGUGUAUUUAGAGUGUAAUGUAAUUUACAACAGCUCUGCAUGGAUAUGGUUCAUUCUAAACUUAGCAGAAUCUUCUGAAAGAGUGUCUUUUGCAUCGAUGGGUGGGUUAGCAGCAAAGUGGACUUUGCCAUUUCUACACAAAUUCAAUUCAUUUAUUUCAUGUGUAUCUAAAUGUAUAUUUGGUAAAUGUAUCAUGUUUAUCUUUUUCCAUAGAGAUGGGAGAAUAUGUGAUAUUAAAAUAUUACCUUUCAAGUUUU